AGCACGCUAGUGUUGUUUUCUAGCCUGGGCCAGGAGAGAGUGGCUUGGUGUGGAAAGUCCUGUAGCUUGAAAACAACAUAAAAAGCUGCAGUUGUCGGCUACUGCUUAAGCCCAGGUCUUGGCACUGAACCCCUCUCGAGAUGGCGUCCUCAAACACUCUGAGACCCCAGAACAGAAGUCAGCAGGAUCAUUCAGGGAUCUUGAAGCUUCAAGAGUUGAAGACAAAAAGUGCUUCCUCUAAAAGAAGAUCUGAGAAUUUGGACCCCAAUACCUCUGCUGAAACUGGAAAAGGAGUCGGUAAACUCAAAGGUGUCAGCAGGCUUCCAGUCCUUGCCAAAUCUCUGCAACCAGCUCUAAGUGAGCUCUCCCAAAAUCCCAGUCACAACAGAUGGGAACAGAGUGCUCUUACAAGUAAAGCUCAGAAAAAAAGGAUCUACACCAAACCUGUUCCUUUCAAUUUGUCCCAGUCACGCACACACAAUCAGAGAAACACAGCCAUUCCUCUAGGACAAGUGUCCCUGACGCCUUCUACCCGACUAACACCAGGGGCAAAAGUGAGGAACUUGAAUCAAAGUGCCAAAACUGAAACUUCAAGUAAUAAAGCUAUGACAUCAGGUGUCCUCAGGGCUCAGGCUAACAAAUCACAUCAACUGCAUCCUGGUAGUCAUGCAGAAUAUGUGGCAUCAAAUAAAGACUCCAGUGAUGUUCACCCAUCUUCACAUGAAUCCGGAUGCUGCAGUCACACUGAUUUAAGUUCACGUUUAGGUAGCAUCACUCUUGUACAAUCUAAGAUUCCGGAAGACUCAGGUUUGAGUAAUUUAUGUAAAACUUCACUCAUUAAAGUAGAUGUUAAUUCUGAUAAUCAAGCACCAAAGGACAAGCACUGUCUCCCAUCAACAACACAAAGCCAUGUUAACACUAAAGCUGUGCACAAUGUCCUCCCAUGUGAGGGAUCGAGUGCUUUUGGAGCACAAUGCAUGAUGCCACGUUUAUCUACCUGCCCCCCUGGACCAGGAACCUUCAAUAAUCUGCCUCAAAGAGUUGUGAAGAAGAGUCAUAGCCUAGAUGUCAUCGCAGACAAAUCUGGGCCGUUUUCCCCUGACCCAUCAGCACUACGUAGUAUUCUACAGAGUGAUGGAAUGAGACUCGGGGAGCACAUUGGAGCAACACCCAGAGCAUCAACUUGUCCUACUGGCAGAGGAACCUCUAUUUAUUCUGCUCAAAGAGUACCUGCCAAAAAGACUCAAAAAGAAGCUCCAGCAGAGGCCAAAAGCCCUACAGGAAGUGCCUUCUCUCCUGAUCCAUCAGCGCUUCGUGGUAUUCUACAGUUCAGUGGAACAACACCUCAUGCACCAACCGGCCUUACAGGCAGAGCAACUUCUGUUUACUCAGCUCAAAGAGUGCCAGUUAGAAAACCUCAAACAGAUGAUUCAGCAGCUGUCAAAGUUCCUGCAGGAAGUGGUGUGUCCUUCUCCCCUGACCCUGCAGCCCUGCGCAGUAUUCUACUGAAUGAAGGUGUGAGGGCUGGUGGAGCAACACCCAGAGUUUCCACCUGUCCCACUGGCAGAGGAACUUCCAUUUAUUCUGCCCAGAGAGUCCCAGUGAAGAAGAAUAAGCCUGAAGUCGUUGCAGCAGCAACAUCAUCUCCGUGUGCAAAUAGAACACCAGUGAUGAAAUGGACACCGCAGCGGGUCGCAAACACCAAACCACAGUCAGUGAGGAAGCUUUGUACUGCCCAAAAGAUGUCCAGUUUAAGGGGCUCCCCAGGUUUGCAUGAAGCCCACAACCCCAGCACUGGACUCUUGGUGUGCCAGGAGGGGGAAGAUGUCGUUCAAAGGUUAUUUGAGGACCAAGAGCAGAUGAACGAUGACCAGAUAGACCAAGAUGACAUUACUUCACAACAGUUACUGAACAGCCAUCAAACUACUGAAACGCAGUCAACAAUUAAAGAAAAUUCCGAUUCGAAUCAUUGUCACACUAAGGACGAAGGCAAGAAAACAGCUCAGCCUUUCAUACAAGCAGCACACAGAGGGUCAGUCAUCGUUUUCUCAUCAAGCCAAAGACUUGGAUCAGACCGGUCUCAGGAUACUCUGAAGACUCCUGGGACAGGUGAACCUCUGCAGCUCCUUGAAGGCCAGCUUGCAUCCCAUAAUGCACUACCACUACAAUCAGACCAAAGCAAUGGAUCACAGAUCAAUCCCAGCUUAGACCUGCCUAAACAAAGCCAAUCAAAAGCUCCUACUGUCACGCACUCUACUGCUGUGUCUGCUCUGCGGCGGAGUCAUACUCCUCUGGAGGAGAUGUUUCUGCAUGAGGAAUGUGCUACGUAUACUUCUCGCCUGCUGUCCUGCCCACUGCAGCCCCGCUGUGGCAACCCGGUGGCUGCCACACUUCUGUUUCAAGACUCUACAUGUUUUUUACCCAUUGGCCUGUCCUCUCCUGUACGUCUGAGUCCUGUCCCUUCAGGUUCCUCUAUCAGAGCAUAAAGGGAGAUGUCCCACAACACAUUACACAUGUCAGUCUGUGUAUGUAAGACUGUCUGAAACCGUAUUUCUAGUUGCAAUUUUGAUACAGUCCGAUGUAUCUGGCUACAGUUUCCACAAGCAGCAAAGUCUUUGAUAGACCCAAUAUUUGGUGGGAUUCAGUGUUGACAACGUAACUGAAUGCAAAAUCUCUAAAUAUUGAACACUUUCAUAAUUUUUACACUGAAUUUGUCACUGACUGGAAACACUGUGCGCUUUCCACUUGUCUCUUGUAUGAAGUGUAUAAUAAAUGUACAUAUAAACAUU